GCCACGCGGCAAACCCAAGCUCAAGCUCCGACCGUCCGUGGCGGAGAGAGCGAGAGAAAGAGACACAGAGAGAGAGAGAGAGAAAGAGAGAGAGAGAGUUUUCGUUUUCAUUCUCGGAGCAAGCACGAACCUCAGUGUGAGUGACCAAGAGCAACAGAGAGCUGCGUUAUCCAGGAAAGGAGAUGAUGUCCACACGAGCUUCUGGGGCCCUCCCCUUGAAGGGCAAUCUUAUCUCCAAAAUUUGAGGGGCGGGGCUUUGUUGGUGAACUUGGAUCUUCUUUCUUUCUUCCGUCUUGUUAUGAUGGCAUCUUCUUAAGAAGGUUUUAUUUUAAGUUCAUUUCUGGGUCCAUCAUCCCCGCAUACGACUCUGCUCGCCUGCUUCUAAAACGAGAUACAUGUAGUGUGCAAUUGUGGUCAAAUUCAUAAAUAGUGUGUGGUUUUUCUACUUGAAUUCAGCACUGUGCAUUUUGGUAAUCAGCGCUGUUGCUGAAUUUAUCCAGAAAAUACAUUCGGUUUGCGAAAGGAUGUCAUUGAAGGCCUUGGAUUACGAUUCUAUAAAUGAGAAUGUGAAAAAAGUAGCAUAUGCUGUCAGGGGAGAGCUAUAUCUACGAGCCUCUGAGCUUCAGAAAGAAGGGAAGAAGAUUAUUUUUACAAAUGUUGGAAACCCACAUGCUCUUGGCCAGAAGCCACUUACAUUCCCUCGGCAGGUGAUCGCAUUAUGUCAAGCCCCAUUUUUGAUGGAUGAUCCCAAUGUGGGACUUAUAUUCCCUGUGGAUGCUAUUGCAAGAGCAAAACAUUAUCUUUCACUGACAUCAGGCGGUCUAGGUGCUUACAGUGACUCAAGGGGUCUACCAGGAAUACGGAAAGAAGUGGCUGAUUUUAUUCAAAAGCGUGAUGGUUAUCCAAGUGAUCCAGAGCUCAUAUAUCUCACAGAUGGUGCUAGCAAAGGAGUAAUGCAGAUGCUGAACACUAUCAUUCGCAAUGAUAAAGAUGGGAUCCUUGUUCCGGUUCCCCAGUAUCCUCUUUAUUCAGCUGCCAUAUCAUUAUUUGGUGGGUCGCUUGUCCCAUAUUAUCUAGAAGAGUCAGCAAACUGGAGCCUUGAUAUAAAAAACCUAUAUCAGUCAAUAACAGAAGCGCGACGGAGAGGAGUAACUGUUCGAGCUAUGGUCAUUAUAAAUCCUGGAAAUCCAACUGGACAGUGCCUAAGUGAAUCUAACCUGAGGGAAAUAUUGGAAUUUUGCAUAAAUGAACAUCUAGUCUUACUUGCUGAUGAAGUUUACCAACAGAACAUUUAUCAGGAUGAGCGCCCAUUUAUAAGUGCAAGGAAGGUACUAUUUGACAUGGGCCCACCAUGGAGCAAAGAACUUCAACUUGUGUCUUUCCACACUGUCUCGAAAGGAUAUUGGGGUGAAUGUGGACAGCGUGGAGGAUACUUCGAGAUGACAAACAUCCCUCCAAAGACGGUUGAUGAAAUUUACAAAGUUGCAUCAAUAUCUCUCAGUCCCAAUGUUCCUGGCCAGAUAUUUCUGGGUCUGAUGGUUAAUCCCCCUAAACCAGGAGAUAUCUCAUACCUGAAAUACGAGCAAGAGAGCAAGGCAGUCCUUGAGUCUCUAAGGAGAAGAGCACACAUAAUGACUGAUGGUUUCAACAGCUGUAGAAACGUAGUAUGUAAUUUCACAGAAGGGGCUAUGUAUUCGUUUCCACAGAUACGCCUACCACCUAGGGCAAUUGAAGCAGCAAAAAAGGCUGGAAAAGUUCCUGAUGUCUUUUAUUGCCUCAAACUUUUGGAAGCAACUGGCAUUUCAACUGUUCCAGGCUCUGGCUUUGGUCAGAAAGAAGGGGUCUUCCACUUGAGAACCACCAUAUUGCCAGCUGAAGAAGACAUGCCACAAAUUAUGGUUAGUUUCAAGAAGUUCAAUGAUGAAUUUAUGGAGCAAUACGAAGACUAUCGAGGCUAUUCAAGAAUGUGAAGGAGAGAUUUUAGUCGGUCUUUUCAGUUUGUUGAUCUUCACUCUCUGAAGUUCACUUGUUUAUCCAAUGAUUGAGUGGAAGCUUUUCCAUUGCAAAUAUUAGUGUGGUUCAUCAUUCCCGGGUGGUGGAAUGCAUGAAAUGAAGCUUACUGGUUGCAUGUUGACAUAAAUCACAUAAAAUCAGAAACUGUGUUGCUUCUGCA